AUGCAAUUACAGUUUUUGAUUUUCGCAUCGGUUUUGUGCCUCACUUUGGCCUAUCCUUUGGAUCAUCAUUAUUAUCAUCAAGAGGAUAGCCAUGGCUAUGAGCAUUUGGCCCAUGCCCAUCAGGAGGUGGAAGAUUAUGGACAUCAGCAUCAGAUUGAGCGCAUCUCGUUGGGUGAAGAGCAUGGCCAUCAUGAGCCUCAACACUACGAGCAUCACGAGGAUGAACAUGUUGAUUACUAUGCUCCACCCAAAUAUGCCUUCAAAUAUGGCGUUAACGAUUUCCACACCGGAGAUGUAAAAUCGCAGCAUGAGACCCGCGAUGGUGACACCGUCAAGGGUCAAUACUCCUUGGUUGAGCCCGAUGGUUCCAUUCGCACUGUGGACUAUACUGCCGAUAAGCACAAUGGCUUCAAUGCUGUGGUCCAUAAGACUGCCCCUGUCCAUCAUCAUGAGGAACUGCACGAGCAUCAUUAUUAAAUCCAAUUUAAAAAGCAAAGCAAAUCAACU